ACUUCAUCGCUGUGCAAUCAUAGCAACUUGGGGACAAGAGGAGCUACACGGGAAAGAAGCCAACGAUCGAAGAACCAUGACUUCGACUGGGUUUCGAUAGCUGAACAUUACAAGAUAAAGUGACAACAGUCCGAACUGUUCCCGGUGUUGCUGUUCCUUCAACGUUUGGGUUGCCUCCAGGUGUAGCCCUGCAACAUGGAGAGUCUCCAUUGUGUGAAUGAAGGGUGACCAGAAGGAAGGAGGCGCUCCAAAUGACGUUCCCAAGUGGCCUUGUGGAAGCUGUAGCUGCGCUUUGGAGGGCUUUUACUGAUUAGUGUUGUGUGCGUCUCAACGGGAAGAGCGUAGUGAAACCAGCGUUUUUCACAGGCCAUGGAAAUUCUGCUCUGAUCCUGGAGUCAAGACACCUACAAGAGGGGAGCCCCCUGUUAAUAUCCAACACACUCUGCAAAACAAAAAGGGACGAGCUGCAUGAGUGAGACACGGGCAACUUGACCUGCUGUCUUGGCCAGGAUUUUUUUUAACAGCGACUCCUCUCCUCUUUGCUGCAAUAUUUGUCUCCCUCUAAAGUAUCCUCCACUAUUGUUAUUGGAGUGUCUAUGGUUUGCAUGGCUGGAAAAUAACCGUGGAGAGGCCAGGGUAUCAUAAGCUUAUGGAUUUUGAUAAGAGAGGGGGCAAAGGAGAGGCAGAGGAAGGAAAAAAGAUGUCAAAGACGACGACCAGCAGGACUGGACAUGGCGGCAGGGGUACAGGGACCAAUUCUGGAGUUCUUAUGGUUGGCCCAAACUUUCGUGUGGGCAAAAAAAUUGGCUGUGGUAACUUUGGAGAGCUGAGGCUGGGCAAAAACCUCUAUACUAAUGAAUAUGUGGCCAUCAAAUUGGAACCCAUAAAGUCCAGGGCACCACAGCUCCAUUUGGAGUACAGAUUUUACAAACAGUUGGGAAAUUCAGAGGGAAUUCCUCAGGUUUACUACUUUGGUCCAUGUGGGAAAUACAACGCCAUGGUGCUGGAGCUGCUUGGGCCUAGCUUAGAGGAUCUGUUUGACUUGUGCGACCGCACCUUCUCCCUCAAGACCGUCCUCAUGAUAGCCAUACAGCUGAUAACACGGAUGGAGUAUGUACACACCAAGAGUCUGAUCUACAGAGAUGUAAAACCAGAGAACUUCCUUGUUGGGAGGCCUGGAAGCAAGAGGCAGCAUACCAUCCACAUCAUCGACUUUGGUCUGGCCAAAGAAUAUAUAGACCCUGAGACCAAAAAACACAUCCCCUACCGGGAGCACAAGAGUCUGACUGGGACGGCACGCUACAUGAGCAUUAAUACACACCUGGGAAAAGAGCAAAGCAGAAGAGAUGAUUUAGAAGCACUGGGCCACAUGUUUAUGUACUUCCUCCGAGGUAGUCUGCCUUGGCAGGGCCUGAAGGCUGACACUUUGAAAGAAAGAUAUCAGAAGAUCGGAGACACCAAACGAGCAACCCCUAUUGAAGUGCUUUGUGAGAGCUUUCCUGAAGAGAUGGCCACCUACCUGCGCUAUGUGAGGAGGCUGGACUUCUUUGAGAAGCCAGAUUAUGAUUACUUAAGGAAGCUCUUCACUGAUCUGUUUGACAGGAACGGCUACGUCUUUGAUUAUGAGUACGACUGGGUCGGCAAAUCUCUCCCCACCCCGAUAGGCCCUAUCCCCAGUGACACGCCCCAGCAGGCCAGCAACAGAGACAAAGCACAACAGCAGACCAAAAACCAGUCACCUGAGCCCAAAGGAAGUGAGUCUCAGCCCACCCCGGUGACCAAUAAGGAGACUAUUGGGUCGCACCUCACAGCUGAGCGGCUGGGGGGCUCUGUUCAGGUGAUGAGCUCGACAAAUGGCGAGUUGAACACGGAUGAUCCCACAGCCGGACACUCCAACGCUCCCAUCACUGCUCCCACUGAGGUUGACGUGAUUGAUGAAACCAAGUGCUGUUGUUUCUUCAAAAGGAGAAAGAGGAAAGCUCUCCAGAGGCACAAGUGAAGGAAAAGGAUGGAGACGACUUGAAACAUUAUGGUCACUGUCAAGUUUUAAUGGAAGCAACUACACAUCAGCCCCCUUUCUUCCUCACUACCCCCCCUCCCAUCCUGCCAUCAUGUACCUCCUUCCUUUGCGCUCCUCCCUCUCCCGUUCCCGGCGCUCCCCGCGGCUCCUGCCGAGUUGAAGGAAUGUUGCAGUCCUACUGACUUCACAAGAGACAUUUGAUUCUUUUCCAGACAAAUUAAAAACAUACCUGCAUUACACCUGGGAGCUUGAGGAAACCUAUAAAAGCUGUAACGCUGAAACUCAAAUACAGUGGCGUGGAUAUAAAAAAAACAAAAAACAAACAAAAAAAAACAAGAUGCCGUUUGACGCAGUUGUUGUAUUCUAGAUUCCAAGCAGAAGAUAAUUUGUUGGAUCAGCUGUUGAUCAGGGGAAACCAUUCAGGUGGUUCGAGUGAAAGAAAUCUGCUCUGUAGGAAAUACAUUUUCUCUUUUUUUUUUUUUUUUUUUUUUUUCUUUUGGUGUGUAUUUUGGGAACAAGGUAAAAGGAGUAAAAGGUGAACUAUGCUGAUGUUUAAUCUGAGAGACAAGGAAGCAUUUCAUCUUUAGAACCGAAUCUGAAUUUUAUGUAUUUUCUUUUCUUUUUUUCUUUUUUUUGGUAAGUGAAUCCUCAGUUUUCAGACUCAAACCCUGCAUUCUAAGCUUGUUUUCAUGUUGUCGUAUUCUGGAGUUCAGUUCUUUCCUCCCCGGUUUUCUUUACAUCCUUUAACGUGGUCUUUGUAGCACAGUCACUGGCCUCAGGUACUGUGGAAGAAUGAGUGAAAGAAGAUAUUAAGCUCUCUUAUUUUUAUUGCACUUUGGGGAAAGAAAACAAUUUCGGUGGAAAAACCUUAGGUUUUGAACAAUUGAGGAAAUAACGACUUGUCUAGGAAGAGUCGGUGAUUAUAUCUACGUUUAUGGCUGAAAAAUGUUGAUUUACAAAGAAAAAAAAGAAGGAAAAAGUUUUGAUUUUUAUUUUACAUCUAAAUAAUUUACCAGAAAAUUGUAGUUUGUGCCUUUUUUAAGUCAAAUGUUUAAAGCUCAACCGAGUGUCUCACAAUGAAAUUUUAUCUAAUCUGACCCCAAAUGUUCAGUGGAUUAAUGUCUGUCCUUGUGUAUUUGUGAGGACGCACACUGGCGAUCGUUAAUCCGGAAGUUCCUGUAAGCAAAUCUGUAAAAUGAGUGCACACAUCCCUCUCCGCACUGACACAGCUCCAUUUGACCCUCAUCUGCACAGGACGGCGCUCACAGAGGGCUCUGCGUCAGCGUUUGUGUGGUUGUUGCUGAUAUCUAACCCAGGACAGAAUAACCAAAUAUGGCCGAAUCCGUUUUAUUCCAAUUGGA